AUGGAUGAUCUACGUUUCCGAUGGAUGAAAGAUUGUAUCUACAAUGUGUUGAACAUCGAUUCACAAGAUCCAGCAUUUGAAGAUUUUCUAGAGGGUGAAGAUGGUGCAAACGAAUUGAUUGUAGCAAAGUUUUUAAAUGAAACAAGUGCAGAUAGUGAAGAUGAAAAUGCCUUAUUAUUUUAUAAAGAAGUUUUUGAAGAAAUGCGAGAAGAACAAGUUGAAAUUAGUGAAGAAGAAUGGAUCGAAGAGCAACUGGCAUUAAAUCCAGAGUUUGAUCCAAACGAAACGUCUGACGCUGAUGCUACGGGAGAUGAUGAAACCGCUAUCGCUCAUUCACCACGUUCAGUUAAUGGUCAGCAGGCCAAUUCCCAGAAUAAUGUAAAUACCAAUCAAAACGUGGCAAAUGGUCCUACACCUGUGUCAGUAGAAAAUGGUGUAGAUCAAGCUAAUCCGGAUGAAGUUAAGCCAGACAUACCAAAACCAAAACGAUAUCGAAAUGAGCUAGUCAAAUAUCUUCGGACCAUACUUUAUCUAUGUCGUGAAUCCUAUCCUCCAAAUAUAACCCAAAAAAUCUGUGUUUAUUUUCUACGAACAAGUGCUGGCACUAUACCUGUUCCUCCAUCUUAUGAAGAAGCCGAUAAAUCAAUGACAAAAUAUCUUGAUUAUGGUUUACUUAAUGGGCAUACAUUGCAUUUAUUAGCAAAUACAUUAACUAAAGUUUACAAUCCAUUAUUAACGUAUCCAGCGGAGCAUGAAGACAUAUCUCCAGAACUCGACACAAGACCAAUUUCAUCAAAAACAAACAAAAGUAAUGAACCACAAGCACCAGAGAAUAUCGAAGAAACCGAAGAAACGAAACGUGACGAAAAACGCCGUCAACGAGAACUUGAACUACGAACCAUGUUACGCGACGAAUUUCUAAUUGUAAUGCAAAAGUUUCUUAAUCAAAUUGGACUAACACUACGCCAACUUGAAGGCGAAGUUCGUUUGGAACUACCACCAACAUUAGAAGUCGCAAAAAUCACAAAACAAAAUAGAGAUAUAGUCGAAACAGCUGAAGCAAUUGUCUACAAAUGGAACGGCGAGAUACGAGAAGCAUUAGAACGAGAAUUGAAAAAGAUUCCCACUUCUCCUGGGCCGUUAGGUGAAAUUGAUUUUUGGCGUGAAAGAAAUAUUAGUCUAAGUAGUUUAUUUGAACAAACGAAACAAGACCAAAUAGAACAAGUUUUAGAAAAAUUAGAACUGGCUGAAAAUCCAUCACCAGCUAGUUUUCGUGAUACAAGAGCUGAUUUAACAAAAUAUUAUCUCGAAGCAAAAGACAAUGUCAAAUUUCUAUCAACACUUGAACGACAUUUUAAAAAUGUCACACAUGCACCUAGUUUUCGUAUUGUAAGCGAAACAAUACCAAAAAUGAUGAGUGCUUUACGAAUGGUAUGGAUAAUUUCAAGACAUUACAAUAAAGACGAACGAAUGGUACCACUAAUGGAAAGAAUUGCUAAUCAAUUGUGUGAAAGAGUGGCAAGAAGUAUCAAUAUUCGAACGUUAUUUAGUAAUCAUCAACCAGAAGAAAUUAUUGAAAAAUGUACAGAAGCAAAAAAUAUGUUAGAAAAAUGGCGUCAAUCCUAUUAUGAAGUACGAGCGGAAAUCGAACAAUCUGGCCGUGAUUCAAGAUGGGAGUUUGAUUAUAAACGUUUAUUUAAAUUAACUGAUCAUAUGGCAUUAAUUAACAAUGAUUUUAUUGCCAUAGCUAAAGAACUGGAAGAGUUUUAUAAUAUAUUUACGCCAGAAUUAAAAGCUGUCACUGGAAAACCUCAUAAAAUAGACGAAAUUUUGCAUCGAGUUCAUAAAGUACUUGAACUUAUUGAACACGCUCCGUGUGAUCCAUUCAAAUUAGAAGAUAUUGAUAAAUGGAAAAUGGUAUCAGCAAAUUAUGCACAACAAAUCGAAGAAAUCGAUGAACAAACGAAAAAUUUUAUAUCAGAAUCAUUCAAAAGUUUAAGAUCAGCUGAAACGGCAUUUGAUAUGUUAUUAAAAUUUGAAAAAAAUACUACAAGAAAUACAAUUCAAGAGGAAAUGCAUAAACGUUUUAACGAUAUUUUGAGACAAUAUGAUAAUGAAAUAACCGAAAUUAACAGUAUAUUUCAACAUAACAAAAAUAAACCACCGUUGAAUAAGAAUCAUCCACCAAUUGUUGGUGCUAUCGCAUGGUCAAGAUCAUUAUUUCGUCGAAUAAAACAUACCAUGCUACGUUUACAUACUAAAGAACAAUUAAUGCAAACAGAAUUAGGAAAACAAAUUAAAAGUUAUUAUGUUCGAGUUGCCAGAGAAAUGAAAGCCUAUGAAGAUAGUAAAUUUGCUGAAUGGAGACAAAAAACUGAACAAAUAUUACCGGCGUUACAAAAACGUAAUGUUCUCAAAGAACUACCCUUAAAUGAAAAUCAAAAUCGUCUUACACCACGAUAUGCAAUAGAUUUUGAUCCACAAUUAAAUGAAAUGAUGACAGAAGCAAAAUAUUUAGAACAAUUUGAUUAUAUACUGCCAGAAGGCAUUCGUCAUUUAGCGCUCAGUGAAGAAAAAAUGAAACAUAUAUCGAUGCAAUUAAAAAUUAUGUUGAGAAAUUACGAUCGCCUUACUGAUUCAUUAGAAGAACAUGAACAAUUAUUGUUAAAAGACAAUCUUGAACAACUGAAACGUAUCAUGAUGACUGGAACACAACGUUUACCGUGGACAUCAACAAAUCACGAAAAAUUUAUAAGUGUUACAUCAGAGACAAUAUCAAAACUGGAAUCAACAGUCAAUCAAAUGAAGAAAAAUUCUCAAGAUAUUCAAAUGUUUUUAGAUGAAAUUCGACAAUGUAAUUUAUUUCGUCAACCAGACCCUAAUCCAGAUGGCUCAUUAGUUUAUUGCAAAGAAUAUUUUGAAUACGUUGAAAAUAGACGUCGACAAGAUGCAAUUGAAUUACAAAAAAAGUAUAAAUUAAUUGGACCAUUAAUAACAAAAGUCGAAGGAUUAGUGUUCAAUACAAACACAUCGCAAUCACCAAAUAUGACUGCUUAUUAUGCAUAUUGGGAAAAAAAAGUAUUCGCAACAUUGUCCGAGCUUAUAUUGGAAAAUCUUCGAAUGUUAUUUGAGUCAUUAAAAUCUGAAAAUCAUAAUCCAUUAUUUCAAGUGAACGCUCUUCUUGUCGCUCCAGCAGUUGCACUACAACCAAAUCAACAUGAAAUUUUAAAACUAUUCAGUCAGUCGAUGCGUGAUUGUGUCGAAGUGUAA